GUGAUGACAAGUGGGUACAAAACAUGUUAUAAUGUUCCAGGAUUAAUAUAUAGGGGAUACUGAGAGAGAGCUACCAGAGUCCAUCGAUCACUUUGCUUUGUCCACACGCAACACAAAACAAAGAAAAAUAGCUCUCGCAAAACACAAUCUGAUUCUGAUUCUGUUUGUUCUCGAAAGAAAGAGAAGAAUGGUGAAGAAAGGUACAAAGAGAAAGCCUACGAUUGAGAGGAUCGCGAAACGUGAAUCUGCGGCGACGACUUUCACGAAACGAACCUACGGUCUCCAUAGCAAAAUCGCACAGCUCUGUCUUCUCACUGACGCACAGAUCGCCGUAUUGGCGACACCUCCUUCUGCUAACUCCAACGUAAGCUUCUUCUCCUUCGGUCAUUCUUCGGUUGAUUCCAUCGUCAACGCUUUUCUCACGGGAGAGCGUCCUGUACGAGAAGAAAGAGAUGAUAAGGAGGACCUUGGGAUCUGUUUUGCAAGAAAAGAAUUAGGGUUACCUCAGUGGUGGGAGGACAACGCUCUUCUCAAAUCCAAGAAUCUCCAAGAAUUGAACCGUGCCGUCAACUCAAUGUCUAGGUUGUUGUCAAAAAUAAAAGAGUUGCGUGCUGAUGACGCUGCUGACGAGCAAGAGCAACCUCCUCCUCCUCUGAAGAAGAUGAAGAAAACAGAACCCACAGUGGAACAAACCCUAGGUCUCCACAAAACCCUAGAUUGCAACAACAAUGUUAUGACAGAGGAGGAGGAGCUUGAUCACAUCAUGUCUACCUGUGAAAGCUUUUGUCUUCCCCGCAACAACAACAAGAUGACAGAGCCCGUGGAUCAACCACUCAUCUUCCCAUCUGAUAUUUGUGUUCCAGACAGCAACGACUUUUCAACUGAAGAGAUGAGUUUAGCUUACGAGAUAGAAGAUAUCAAUCAACUCAUUGAUUUUGACUUGGACACCACUUCACUAUUCCUUGACGAUUGGCUUUUGGAGUCUGGUGAUGGAUUUGUGGAGACUACCACUACUACUACUCAAGAGAGUAAUAGUUACUAUGUAGCUUGUGAUUAUGAUGCCUCUGCUUUGAAUGAAGACACCGACUUCUCUGAUUAUCUCACUCAGUUUCUGCAGUCUUGAAGAGGAGUGAGUAUAUUAGUUAUUCUCUUAGUAACUUCUCCAAGUCUACUUACUUUGUUUCUUAUGUCUAUAUCUUAUUCAUGUAACAAUCUCUCUGAUCAAUUUUCCAUCUCAGGGAAUUGAUCAUACUCAAACCCUUCAGUUUUUCAUUAAUGGUAUAGAUUGAGUUCUGUGUU